AUGGCAUCAUCUUCCCGAAAUAAUAUCGACGAUAUGAUGGAUCAACAAUUUGAUGAAAAAUGGGAUGGAUUUUUUGACCAAGCGUUUGAAAAUCUUAUGCGUCAAAGUUGUGCUCCUCAACCUAAACCCAAGAAAAAAAGAGCAUAUAUUGAUAGAGAUCGAGAAGAAGGGCAUAUUCGUUUAUGGAACGACUACUUCAGUGAAGAUGCAAUCUACCCUGAUCAUAUAUUCCGACGUCGUUUUAGAAUGAACAAACCCUUGUUCAUGAAUAUUGUUGAUCGCCUCUCCAAUGAAGUUCCUUUCUUUAAACAAAAAAGAGAUGCAACCGGAAGACUCGGACUCUCCGCAUUACAGAAGUCUACUGCAGCAAUUCGUAUGAUGGCAUAUGGUUGUGCGGCUGAUGCAGUUGACGAAUACCUCCGCCUAGGUGAGAGUACUGCAAUCUCAUGCUUGGAAAAUUUUGUAGAAGGAAUCAUAUAUUUGUUCGGAGAUGAAUUCCUCAGAAGACUGACACCUGAAGAUCUUCAACGACUGCUUGAUGAUGGAGAGUCUCGUGGAUUUCCCGGGAUGAUAGGAAGUAUUGAUUGCAUGCAUUGGGAGUGGAAAAAUUGUCCCACGGCUUGGAAAGGGCAAUACUCACGUGGUUCUGGAAAACCAACAAUCGUUUUAGAGGCUGUCGCUUCACAUGAUCUAUGGAUAUGGCAUGCAUUUUUUGGACCUCCAGGUACUUUAAAUGAUAUCAAUGUUUUUGAACGCUCACCAGUUUUUGAUGAUGUAUUACAAGGCAAAGCUCCAAAAGUGAAGUACUUUGUUAACGGGCAUCAGUAUCGUUUGGCGUACUAUCUCACUGAUGGGAUUUACCCAAAAUGGGCUACAUUUGUCCGAUCCUUUACACAUCCAGAAGGUGAAAAAGCAAAAUUGUUUGCUAAAUGUCAAGAAUCUGUCCGUAAAGAUGUUGAGCGUGCUUUUGGAGUCUUGCAAGCUCGUUUUGCUAUUGUCAAAAAUCCAGCUCUUAUUUGGGAUAAGGUAAAAAUUGGAAAGAUCAUGCGAGCAUGUAUAAUACUUCACAACAUGAUAGUUCAAGAUGAACGGAAUGGGUACAUUCGUUUUAAUGUUGGAGAAUUCACACAAGUAGAGUCAAACAGAACAUCGCAAGUGGAUUUAGCAUAUGAAACAGAUAUGCCGUCAAAUAUCAAUAAUUUGAUGGGCAUUCGAGACGAUGUUCGUGAUCGAAGGACGCAUGAACGAUUGAAAAAUGAUUUAGUGGAGCACAUUUGGAACAAAUUUGGAGGAAUUUAA